AAAAAACAGGUCCCAAUACCCUCCAACAAUCCACUCCUCCCCUCUUCAUCCAACGUGAAAAACCGGAGUUGCUGUCCGAGAGUGUCUCAGUCUCCAGGAAGCAGCUGGGAGUUCAAGAGCCAUGACAAUGGCCCAGAGCCUGUAAACCCUCGAACGGGAUCUCGCUACUGGGCUGCGCAAGGCCCUGGACACUGGGAGGUAGGUAUCUGGACUCAAGGAGCGAAGGGAAAAAGGCCUUAAUAUCCUGGGAAACAAGAGAUUAAUGCAACUUUAAUGGACUUUUAGAGAGCCGUAGGGAGAGUAAGGAAUCACAAAAGGAAUAGACGGAUCUCAACAGAAAACAAACGCAAAGAAAUAGUGGUCUGCAAACGUAAAAGUCAAAAGGUAAAGCCUUGGAGGGAUAGAGAGAGAUAGAGGAGGAAGAGAAGGUCAAACAGUAGAGGAAGAAAUCCAAAGGUAGGGGAGGUGAUUACAGAGGCAACCAUGAGAAGCAUUACAUGGAGCAUCAUGCUUUGCCUCUCCAUCUGCAUGUUCUGUAAGAGUUAUUCAGGAAAUGAACUUCUGCAAUCACGGCAGCGGCGGGCACCUGCUGACGACCCCAAAAAGUGUGCUUACACUUUCUUGAUGCCUCAGCAAAAAAUCACUGGUCCGAUCUGUGCUUCUGCCACUGGGCCCGAGCCAGACAAGGACCGGGUGAACCGUAUGGACAUUGCUGAUGUGAGGGAGAUCCUAUCCAAGCAGCGGAGGGAGAUUGAGAUGCUUCAAAUAGCGGCGGAUGUGGAUGGGAACUUGGUAAAUGAAAUGAAGCUUUUGCGCAAAGAGUCCCGUAACAUGAAUUCCCGGGUGACGCAGCUCUACAUGCAACUGCUUCAUGAGAUCAUCCGCAAGAGGGACAACUCCCUGGAACUGGCACAGUUGGAGAACCGUGUGCUAAACGUCACCACUGAGAUGCUCCGCCUAGCCUCCCGCUACAAAGAGCUGGAGUUGCGUUUCGCAGGCCUUGCAGCCACUGUCAAUAACCAAUCGGUGCUUAUUGCUGCAAUGGAAGAGCGCUGUCUCCGUGGAUAUGGGCGUCAAGAUCUGCCGGCAGCGCCGCCAUUGGUGCAGGUGGUGCCAGAGAGCAUUCCCACCAACAACAACCGCUUCACCAAUGAGAUUCAGAGAGACAACAACAACCAAGCUUUUCCAAGGGGAUCACUGAUGGAUGCCCCAACGCCCGACCCCCUGGGGAUCCCACCACCUCCCCAGGGCACCUUCACCUCAGAUGGGCCAUUCAGAGACUGUUUCCAGGUGCGACAGGCAGGGCAUACUACCAGUGGGAUGUAUCUGUUGAAGGCAGAAGGCAGUGAUGGACUGAUUCAGGCCUGGUGCGAGCAUAAAUUAGACAAUGGAGGCUGGACUGUUUUUCAGCGAAGGAAAGAUGGUUCAGUCAACUUCUUCAGGAACUGGGAUAACUACAAGAAAGGCUUUGGAAACAUAGACGGAGAGCACUGGCUGGGAUUGGAGAACAUUUUUAACUUGGCCAAGCAGGGAGAUUACAAAUUGCUGGUGGAGUUGGAGGACUGGGUGGGGAAGAAAGUGUACGCUGAGUACAGCAGUUUUCACCUGGAACCUGAGAGUGAGGCCUUCAGAAUGAGACUGGGCACCUACCAGGGCAAUGCUGGAGACUCACUCACCAGCCACAACGGAAAACCCUUCACGACACUAGACCGUGAUAAAGACGCCUUUACAGGCAACUGUGCUCAUUUCCACAAAGGCGGUUGGUGGUACAACGCAUGCGGUCAAACAAAUCUGAACGGGGUGUGGUACUCUGGCGGUGUGUAUCGCAGCAAGUUCCAGGAUGGAAUCUUCUGGGCCGAGUAUGGAGGCGGGUUCUACUCACUCAAAUCGGUCCGUAUGAUGAUCCGGCCAAUAGACUGAGGUCAAGACACCACAACCCUCAAUGAAUCUAAAUUCCAACCAAAUGAGUCUAAAUUCCUUGAAUGUACUCAUAAUUCAAUUCAGCACUUAUUUAUAAUCACAAGUUCACGUUUAUGAGGACUGAUAUGUAAAACAGUAUAGUCAUCAUUGGUACAGCACUGAGUACCAAUAAAAAUCACGAAAGUCUACUUACGGUGGAGUGGAAGGACCUGCGACUCUUACAUCAAUGUCAUCUUGUCUCUUGAAAUGUCCAUCCCCACACAGAGAAGACAAACCCAGAAACUCUUGGUCAAAGUCUGACUAGGAGAUGGUCAACAUCAGCAUCCCCUGCUCUUCUUCAUCUCUUCCAUGUUCUUUUAAGGAUCUUCAUCAACAUUCUCUUUUUCAUAUUCUUUUUCAUUGCAAACCCUUCAUCCUCACUGCUGUCCCAUUUCUUCUGACUCUUACUCAUCCUCAUAGCUUGGACUGAGGACAUCAAUGCCUCAAAUAAAGACUUUUAAUCAAAGAUCUCCUCAACAAAUCAGAUAUCCACUACUGGCAACACCUUUGCCGUAUACUCUUUACUGACGUGUAUCUGUAACAAUAAGGACUGGCACUGGGCCGUACUGUUCGCCAGGCACCAACGGCUUUUAGGUGUGAUGUUGGUCUGUAAAUAUUCUUCAUGUUUGUAUUUGUUUGUUUAUAAUUUAAGGACUCACCUCCAAUCCACCCUUUUUCAUUUGUUAUUUAUAGUGAUUUGUAUUUAUGACAGAUAUAACCCUCCAAACAUCUAUUUAUCCUUGAUUAUGAUGUGAUAUGCUUUUGUGAUGUAUACAUUUACCCACAGGAAGAAUAUUUCAACUAAGGGUGAUUAUUUUGGUCUUUUUGACAACUAGAGUACUUGAUGGAAAAAUCAGCCAUGUACUUGAGAAGUUGGGGGAUGGAGUGAGUUCUGAUUGUGUUAUUUUUUUUAUUUUUUUGGGGUAUAUCUGCACUACUAGUCAAAAAGUCUGGACACACAUGAUUGAAUUUAUAUUUCAUAAUUUUAAAACCAUUUGAUCCAAGCACUUAUGCAUAAAUGCUUGAGUUGUGCAAAUAUAAAAUCUCGCUAUGUGUGUCUUAACUACAAAACUAAAAUGUUACUGAAACACUUCACAACAACUUUGUAUUUGGUAACAUUAGUAAACUACAUCAGUUAACAUGAAUUUACUAAACUUUUACAGCACUUAAAAUUCUUGGUUAAAUAUUAAAUUUAACAUACUAGUCAAAGUCUUUCAAGCAAGUCAGUCCAAUGUCGGCCAUCUUUGGAACACUCUCGGGAGGCUAUUUCCAGUCAUGACAGUGCAACUCCAAUCUACUUGAAUGGGGAAAUGCAGAAAUCUAAAAAAUGGUUGGUUAAGAUUACGAUCAAAAAACAUAUUUUGAAUUAGCAAUAAAAUCUGACAACAUUGGAAUAAUAAAUUGUGCUUCUUCACCUCAUAUUACGCUAAAAACUCAAUUUUCCUGGUUUGUUUAGCUGAUGCGAAUACACAUUUGAGUUGAUUAACAGGCUAUGUCUGUAUCUAUAAGGUGAUUGGCUCUUCAACCUGUAAGGCAGGACUUCCUUUCUACAUCAAUUGACCAUUGGGUGCUGAGAGCUCCUUGGCUGGGCAUUCCAUUUUCUACAAUUCAUUUUAAUAGAAGUGGCCCAUCUCUGCUAAAUAGUCUCUGGUCCUAGAAUAUUUUUAACACCAAAAGUCGUAUAUAUUAACGUGACACCUAAUGCAUUUGCUAAUGUAAUAUUAACUAAUAGAACUUUAUUGUAAAGUGUUAUCAAUGUUAUUUUAUUAUUAUUAUGAUUUUAUCAGAUUUUUUUUUUGGACUUGACAGUGAAGGAGAGGGAGGCAGUAUGUGUCCAGCAUACACGGGAACUCCUUCAAUACUGUUUAAAAGUAUUUCAGGUGGAUACCUCCAAUUGGUUGAAAGACUUGAGUGUGCAGAGCUGUAAACUAUAGUGGUGACUUUGAGGAAGAUAAAAAUAAGAUACUUUGAUUUGUUAAACAUUUUGUUCAUUGCAUAACUUCCAUUUGUUAAUUGAUGACUUCACUAUUAUUCUCAAAGAAUGAGUAGGUGUGGUGGGUGAGUAAAGUGAGUAAAGCUCAGUGAGUAAAGGCACUGACUACCACCCCUGGAGUUGCAAGAUCGAAUCCAGGGUGUGCUGAGUGAAUCCAGCCAGGUCUCCUAAGCAACCAAAUUGGCCCGGUUGCUAGGGAGGGUAGAAUCACACGGGGAAACCUCCUGGUGGUCGCUAUAAUGUGUGGUUCUUGUUCUUGGUGGGGCACGUGUCGAGUUGUACCAGAAUGCCGCGGUGGGUAGUGUUGUCCUCCACAUGCACAAAGUCUCCAAGGUAACACGCUCAACAAGCCACGUGAUAAGACACACGGACUGACGUCUCAGAUGCUGAGGCAACUAAGAGUCACUACGCCACCACGAGGACAUAGAGCACAUUGGGAUUUGGGCAUUCCAAAUUGGGGAGAAAAAAAAAUAAUUAAUGAGUAGGUGUGUCUAAACUUUUGACUGGUAGUGUACAUAUGCAUCAGACGGAUAUGUUGUGCAUUAGGUCUUCCUGUUUUUGAAGUGUCUCAUGGCAUGAACGUUAAGGUUAAGACAGCAAGAUAAAAAUAGUUUUAAAAACGUGUCUUUAGACCUCACAUUAUAUUCUGUUCAGUUCUGCUCUAACCAUUUUAAUAUUUUUUUUUUAACACAAAAACGUCCUGUGUGUACACUUUCUAAUCUGCUCUAUACAGUGUUGAGCCCUGUGACUGACUGACUAUAUAACCCUGUAAUGGCAUUGACACAAGUUACCGGCCCCCUCUAAUAAAGUUACCACCAAUAACGACACUGUAAAACAUUGCAAAUUAAAUUUGCUAUUUAAAAUUUGCCAUAAGGUGCCAUUUUGGCACAUUUACCUAUAGUUGUUACAGGACAAACAAUGUGUUUUAAUGAACAACCAUUGCUUUCACUUUUAAAUACUUUGGUGCUUGCAUUAUAGACAAUAACUAAGGCUUGUCCUCUCUUACAGACAAGGACAAAUAAACACACCAUAAACACA